AUGCCACCACUUCGCGGUUUUUCGGAUAACAGGUUUCGCGACCGAAAAGAUGCACUCACAGCGACGAAUGCUCUCAUCCAUGCACUCGAACCUUACUUCUCACCCGGAAAUGCACGCGUCCAACUACCAGUUUACUCCGGAGCCCACUUUGAUGAAAUAGCCGCGCAGUUGGAAGGAUUCGCUCGACCGAUUUGGGCCGUAGCGGCAGCGGUGGCGAAAUCCUCAAACAUUCUUGAUUCGGGGAUCUUUUCCUACGCUGAGCGGCUAGUUGAAGGGCUUGUAAAUGGAGUAAAUCCAAAUCAUCCCGAAUAUUGGGGUGCGAUAGGGGACUGGGACCAACGGAUGGUGGAAGCCGAGCCAAUAUCUUUUGCGCUGCUGAUAGCACCGAAGACGUUCUAUGACCCAUUGUCGGAUCAAAGUCGCUCACAUUUAACUCAAUGGCUAUCUGGACUCAACGGCAAGGUAAUGCCGAUAAAUAAUUGGCGCUGGUUCCGGGUAUUUUCCAAUCUCGCUCUUAGCCGAGUAUGCGGAGUGCCUUAUGAAGACGUCAAAGCCUAUAUCGAAGCCGAUUUCACCGUCCUUGAGCAAUUUGAACUGGGCGAUGGCUGGUCGGCGGAUGGAAUCUGGAGAAAAGAUGAUGUUUCCGGUCAUGAGUCUUACAGUCGACAGGCAGAUUAUUACUCCGGAAGCUUCGCCCUUCAGUUCAGUCAAUUGCUUUACUGUAUCGUCGCGGAAGAUUCCGAUCCGGAGCGUGUCUCUCGAUACAGACAGCAGGCGAGGGAGUUUGCAAGUCAAUUCUGGCGCUUUAUCGAUGAGGAUGGUGCUGCCAUUCCCUUCGGGCGCUCGUUGACUUAUCGAUUCGCCAUGGGUGCAUUCUAUGCAACGUUUGCCCUGGCCAAAUGCUACGAUCCUUCGAACCGCUACACAACUGCAGGAUUUACCAAGGGGAUGCUUCUGCGACAUCUCCGGUGGUGGGCGUCACAUUCGGCGGAUAUGUUUGCGGCGGACGGUACCUUGACCAUUGGAUAUCUGUACCCGAAUAUGUUCAUGUGCGAAGAUUACAACUCGCCUCAGUCUCCAUAUUGGGCCAUGAAGUCGUUCGUGGUUCUGGCAUUAGAGGCAGAUGAUGAAUUUUGGACUGCAGCCGAAAUACCACAUCCUCUUUCCACCUCGAGCGAGGAUUCGGCGGUUUCUGGGGUUGAGCUGGUGCCUGCGCCGUCUCAAAUCCUCUGCAAUCAUCCUCGAGGUCAACAUCAUUUCAUGCUCUCUGGAGGUCAGUUUUGUGCGUGGCCUCUUAAAGCCACGCAAGCCAAGUACAGCAAGUUUGCGUACUCUUCAGCUUUCGGAUUCAGUGUCCCGACGGGAGAAUUAUUGACGCAGCUUGCUCCGGACAACACCCUUUUCGUUAGCCGAGAUGACGGAGAAACUUGGGCUACGCGAUGGGAGACGAUUGGCAAUCCUCGGGUCAAAUCUCUUUCAUUCCACGGCACGGAGGUACAGUGCCUUCAAAGCACUUGGAAGCCUUGGAAAGCAGGUGGUAUCGAAAUCAUGACUACGCUUAUUCCACCGUGUAAUGAAUGGCCAGACUGGCAUAUUCGAGUUCAUCGCAUCCGGUGCACCAAGCGUGAUUCCGGUCAUUCACGACUCAGUCUUGUCGAGGGUGGGUUUGCAAUUCAGGCAAAACAACCUCGCCGAAUGUGUACUCUCAACGGGGACUGGGCCAAUACGUCUGAACACGGUGGAACACUUGAAACUAGUCUCAGCUCCAUCUCACUUGGUGUCGCUGGCGUUAGUGGUGCGAGGAAUCUUCUCGAUCCAGAGGGAACGGUCGAGGGCAAGAUUCUGAAGUCGGAUCCAAACACGAACUUGAUUGAGCCGAGAGCACUUAUCCCGAUUAUCAAACAUACGAUCGAGUUUGCGCCUGGGGAGGAGAAGACUAUUGCUACUGGGGUGUUCGCCAUUGCUGGUCGAAACAAAGUCCUCACUCGAGAGGAGAUGUGCCGAAGAUGGUCUCGGCAUCCUCAUUUGACGGCGGAAAUGUUGAAUGGAUUACAGUAG